UUUGAUUGAGCGCCUCGGCUGCAGGAGCCGCACACAUCACAACACCGUUAAAAGAUGGCGGGGUUGUCAUCGCCGCUCCGAGUCUGCCGAGGAAUACUAAAAGAAUUGCGUGCCAUCCAUGGACCCACUUACAACCGGUCGCUGGCUUACAACUACGUAAUGGACCAGUUUCGUAAGAACAAGGUGACGGGAGAAAGGUACUGCCGGGCCCAGCACGAGGCAAACCACGACUCGCACACCUACCUGUGUCUGCUGGCGUCUUCCAGGACACACCAGGCCCUGCACAAUUUCUACCACGUCAAGGGAGAGUGCAGUACAGAACAGGCGGCUGGCAUGGUGGGGCUCCGGUUGCCCACUCAGCCGGGAGGUAAAGGCUGGGAGAAGUGAGGACAUGGGGCGGGCGGAGGGGGGGACCACAGCUGGAAGAAAACCUUGACACUCUAAAAAAAAAUGACACCUGUGGCGGAUUGCUCUGGUCUCAUACGCUCCCCCUCGUGAAAAAGUAAACUGUAAAGGGAUAAGUGUUCAACUGGAGAUCGUGUCAUCACGGACAGCUUCGGGGGAACUCGCCUUGUUCAAUAUGAGGAUAAUCUGAUCUGAGAGCAUUUGAAGCAACUGUGAAAAUGUAUGCUGUGAUUCAAAUAAAUCUGUUUGUCUAGUUGAAAAUAUACUACAGCUUGUCCACACCGUUUGUGUUUUGGCAAUUUAUCAGUGAAAAGGCCAAAGCAACCAUUCAAAUGGACUUCAGGUACAUUUUCAUUGGGAUUCAUUUAGUUACUAGUCACUGUUUGUUACACUUCCUGGGAGUUUUUAAGAACUUGAUCACACGUUAUAACAUUAACAAAUAACCUGCUUGCGUAUCAAAUAAACUGGACGUUAAAUCCA